GAGCUCAUUUACUCUCCCUCUUCAUCCUCUGUAUAUAACCCACCAUCUGCAUAUCUAUAUUUACUCUCCCUCUUCAUCCUCUGUAUACAACCAACCAUCUAUAUAUCUGUAUCAUAGUGUCACAACGCUCCCUCGCCUCCUCAAUUAUGGAGUUAAUAGACCUCUUUAUUCUUGGUUUCUCCGUAGUCUUUCUCGCCCUGUGGUGGCGAUCCUCUGUCACCUCCGGGGAAUCCAACAACCUCCCUCCAGGGCCGCCAGGUUGGCCGCUUGUGGGCAACUUGUUCCAGGUUAUCCUACAGCGCCGUCAUUUUAUUUUUUUGAUCCGUGAUUUGCGUGCAAAGUAUGGUCCAAUCUUCACUAUGCAAAUGGGUCAACGUACUUUGGUUAUAGUCACCAGCCCCGAGCUCAUCCAUGAAGCUUUAAUUAAGAAAGGCUCUGUCUUUGCCAGCAGGCCACCGGACUCUCCAAUCCGGCUGGUGUUCAGUGUUGGGAAAUGUGCAGUCAAUUCAGCAGAAUACGGGCCUCUCUGGCGAACUCUUCGCCGGAACUUUGUUGCAGAGCUGAUAAGCCCGGUGAGAAUCAAGCAAUGCACUUGGAUACGAGAAUGGGCUAUGGAGAAUCACAUGAAGAAGCUCCAAAAUGAGGCCCUUGAAAAUGGUUGUGUAGAUGUGAUGGAAAUCUGUAGGUUCACAAUAUGCAGUAUUCUAGUAUGCAUAUGCUUCGGUGCCAAAAUCCCAGAAGAAUGGAUUAAGGAUAUUGACAGUAUCACAAAGGAUGUUAUGCUUAUAACCACGCCACAGCUCCCCGAUUUCUUGCCAGUACUCACUCCAUUGUUUCGCAGGCAGAUGAAAAAAGCGAAAGAGCUAAGGAAGGCACAGAUAGGGUGCUUGGUUCCUUUGAUAAGGAACAGAAGAGCUUAUGUGGAGAAAGGUGAAAACAUUGGCUCACUGAUGGUGAGUCCAGUUGGCGCAGCCUAUGUGGACUCUCUUUUUGGGCUUGAGGCACCGGGCCGUGGUCGUUUGGGAGAGGAAGAGCUCGUGACACUUUGCACAGAAGUGUUUGUUGCUGGUAUCGACACUAGUACAAGUGUGCUUCAAUGGGCUUUUCUUGAAUUAGUUCUAAAUCAAGAAAUUCAAGAAAAGCUGUACAGGGAAAUUGUUGAGAGUGUGGGCAAAUAUGGGCUAAUCACUGAAGACCAAGUAGAGAAAAUGCCAUAUCUCAAUGCAGUGGUUAAGGAAACUUUACGGAUACAUUCUCCAGCCCACUUCACAUUGUCACAUGCAACCACCGAGGAGACUGAGCUCGGCGGCUACAAGAUUCCGACCAACGUCAAUGUGGAGUUUUACAUUGAGUGGAUGACAGAGGAUCCGAAUUUAUGGAAAGAUCCAGGUGUGUUCCGACCCGAGAGGUUCAUGGAAGGGGAUGGAGUUGGAGUGGACCUUACAGGAACUAAGGGCACGGUGAAGAUGUUGCCGUUUGGGGCAGGGAGGAGAACUUGCCCGGGCCUUGCUCUUGGCAUGUUACAUGUAAACCUAAUGCUUGCUAGAAUGGUCCAAGCUUUCAAGUGGGUACCCACACCCACUGGUCCACCUGACCCCACAGAGACCUUUGCUUUCACUGUGGUUAUGAAAAAUCCUCUCAAAGCGGUCAUAUUGUCUAGGUAAAAGAAAUAAAUGAACAGGUUACAUAUGGGUUCCAUUUGUAAUUUUAUGUAGUGGCUUUUAAUUUUACUGGAAGUUGAAGAUUUUUAUAUCCAAUAAAAAUGGACUGCUUUAA